AUGGACGAUGCCCCUCUCCACUACCUUAUUAAAUUCCAACUCCUUCUCCAGUGGCCUGAUUGUGUUAUGAGAUUUCGCAUCCAAACCCAUGCCCCAUUACCCGACGUAAAGGCCUGGUUUGUCCCUGACGUCCAGAACGUGCCAGAAUUUAUCAUCGACCUCAAAAAAACGCUGUGUCGGCGCGUCCAGCCACUGAAAGACAGACACUAUCAUGGAAAAGACCUUGUUCUUCUGCUGGAAGGAUUUGAACUCUUGAACGACAGCCCGUUCGAUGCUGUGAGAGAUGGAGAUCUUGUCACCGUCAAACUAUCGCCUUCUGUGCAAGAUGAGGACGAGAAUAUGGACAUUCAACCCUCAGAGGUACCACAACAAAGGAAACGCAAAAGGUCUCCUGAACAAACAGCGUCAACGUCGGCCAGGCCUGUGCGGCCACCUGCUGUCCAGCCAGUGUUGAAGAAGGCACUCGUCGAAUCUUCGUCUGACUCCUCUUCGGAGGAAGAUAGCGACACCGAAUCAGAUUCAUCCUCCACAUCAUCCACGUCAUCCUCCUCAUCCUCUUCUACAUCAACCUCAUCGGAUUCGUCCUCUACCACCCCCUCCUCGCCACCCAAACCUCGGUCAUCGAACGCCGUUGUCGAAAAGCCUGCAUCGACAAAACCUACACCAGCUGCGCCAACAGGCGCUGCAAGCACAGUUCAUGUCCCACCAGGACAAGGAAAGGCUACCACCCACUCACGGAACGAGCGGAGGAAGAAGAAGCGAGAGUUUGAGAAGCUUGCUCUUGCACCGCCAAAAGGUCUUUCCGAGACGAACACCAUACCUCUUGGGACCUCUACUGUACAGAAGGAUGGUUCCCCUCCCUCUUCCUCUGCACAAGACCGAAGAGACCUUGAUGGACCUGCCCCGGACGUUGCCGGCACGUUGAAUAAUGCCUUCCAGUCCAAUGCGUCAGGCCCUCAAUAUGAACAACAGCCCCAGGAGAGUCAGCUGAAUGACAACAGCGAAGCGGCUCCCACAUCGGGCUACAUCACACUCGACCAAGUGGCGAUGGGCUCACUCAGAAACAAGAACAAGAAGAAGGGGUUCAAGCUCUCGAUGAAUGCUCCAAUCCCUCAGAAGAUCAUUUUCAACGCUGAAGCUGGACCUAGUAGUCUUAGCUCUUACAGCACGACUGAAUCUGGAACUCCUACGAGUUAUGCUCAAGCCAUCGACUACCUGAGCACUAGCGGCCCUACCCAUCCGAUACCCCCAGCCACUAGCCAAUGUCAAGCGCGCCUCGUUCCACCAUCAGAAAUUCAAAAGCUCGGCCUCCUUCCUCCCAACAUGUUCGUGAUGUCCGUUGACGUUGAAGCAGGCGUGUGGGACGACCCUUCCACCAGUAGGAAAUCAAAACGGAACAAUAGGAAGAAUAAGAGCCGGGCCCAGAAAUAUUGGUACGGUCAUGAGGAGGAACAAGUUUCAGAGGAAUAUUCGUAUGGAGAACAAGGAGAUGGAGGUGUCGGUGCUGUUGAGCAGGAAGCGGGUAAGAACAGCUGCUUUGACUGGAAUCGAGCCGAUAAAGUCUGGGAGAACUGUGCGGCUUUACAAAGCGUCGAGCAGCUAGCUGUAGGGAAUUUAGUGGGCUGGAAGGCAUUGGACAUCAACCCGAAGACCUUUUCACCAGAGCUGAUGCUCUCGGUAGGCCGGGUUGCUUCGAUUCUUCAAGAUACAACGCCAAAAGUCACAGUAAGGCAACUCAUUCGUCCAACGGAGAGCGAAGCAGCGCUUGCAUUUGGCCUAGGUGGAGGCACGGCGUCGGAAGGUGGCGUUGAAGAUGGUGAACCGGAGUUAUCCUGUGCAUGGGACGAGAUUCUGCAAGCCGGAUGGAAACUCAUUGACUUGUAA